AUGCCCUCGAACGACGACCCGCACGCCUCCAACAGGAGUAGUACUCAUGAGACAUGCAACGCCAACGACUUCUUAAUCGACGACUCCGCCUUCGCCUUCGCCCCGCGCAAACUGCGCGUUGUCUGUGUGGGCGCCGGCUUCUCGGGCCUCACGCUGGCGUACAAGCUCAAGCACGAGCGGCCGCUCGAGAACGUCGAUUUCACGAUCUACGAGAAGAAUCCUGAGGUUGGGGGGACGUGGUACGAGAAUGUUUAUCCCGGGGUUGGGUGUGAUAUACCAAUCCACAGCUACAUCUUCUACUUCGCCCCGAACCCGGACUGGUCGCAGUGCUAUGCCAAGGGCCCCGAGAUCCAGGCGUAUAUCCUCGACACGGUGGAGAGGUUCGGCCUGCGCGAGAAGAUCCAGUUUAGCACGAGGCUCGUCAGCGCGAUUUGGAAUGAGGAUGAGGGGGUUUGGGACUUGAAGGUGCAGAGGGGCAGCGAGGUGUUUGAGGAUAAGGCGCAUGUGCUCAUCAAUGCGGGCGGGGUGCUCAACAACUGGACCCUCCCCGACAUCGAAGGGCUGGACACAUUCCAGGGGAAAGUCCUCCACACAGCGAACUGGGACCCAACCUACAACCCCAGCAACAAACGCAUCGCCGUCAUCGGCAACGGCUCCUCCGCGCUGCAAGUCAUCCCAGCCCUGCAACCCAGCGCCCUAAAGCUCACCAACUACAUCCGCCACCCAACCUGGGUCUCGACGAACCUCGCCGGCGACAUCACAAAGGACCAGAUGGGCACGAACUUCACAUACACCGAGGCUGAGAAGGCCCUGUACCGCUCCGACCCGGCCGCCUUCCUGGCGUACCGCAAAUACGUCGAGCGCAGCGUCAACAGCGUGUACAAGCUCAUGCUCUCGGGGUCGGAGGAGAACAAGUUCCUGUUUAACCUGGUGAACGGGGUCAUGCGCGAUCGACUAUCCAAGAACCCGGCUCUCAUCGACAAGCUGAUCCCAGACUACGAGAUCGGGUGCCGGCGGCUCUCCCCGGGCGACGGGUACCUAGAAGCAAUGCAGGAGGCGAACGCAUCGUUCUGCUUCGACCCGAUCCGCCGCAUAAGCCGCACCGGGAUCGUCACGGCAACUGAAACCGGCGCCGAAUCCCACGAGGAAUUCGACCUCAUCGUCUGCGCAACAGGCUUCAGCACAACCUUCAUCCCGGCGUGGACGUUCAUCGGACGGAACGGCCGCCGGCUCGACAAAGAAUGGGGGCCCCCCAACACCCCACAGGCAUAUUUCUCCCUCUGCGCGGGCGGAAUGCCCAACUAUUUCAUGUUCGGGGGGCCAAAUUGUCCGUUGGCGCAUGGCUCUGUGCCGGCGAUGCUAGCGUGGAGUGCGGACUACAUGCUGGAGUGGGUGGAGAAGAUUAGCAGGGAGGACAUCAAGUCUGUUGUUGUGCGGGAUGAGAGUGUGCGCGCGUAUAACCGGUAUGCGGGGGAGGGUCUGAAGCGCUGUGUUUGGUCGCGGGGGUGUCAUGCUUGGUAUAGCAGGGAGAAUGGGGCGGGGAGGGGGAAUACGGUGACGGCGUUGUAUCCGGGGAGUGCGUUGCAGUAUAAGGAGUAUAUCAAGACCAUCCGCGGCGAGCACUUUGAGAUCCGGUACAACACGUCCAAUCCGUUCCGGUUCCUGGGCAAUGGCGAGCUGGAGAUGGAGAGGAAUGGUGGCGACCUUGCUUACUAUUUGCAAUGA